UCAGACAGUUGCUAUUGGUCGAUAUGAAAUGUUGAGGUUUUGCUUUUUGUAUAGCAGAACUUCUGUGUGUGUGUUUUAAUAAUGGAAAAGGUCCUUUGUGAUACCCAUGGCACUAUGUGUAUGUUAAAAACGGGCGUCAAAGAUGGACCGAAUAAAGGAAAAAGCUUCUACGUGUGUGUUGACAAGCAGGGCUGUGACUUCAGCCAGCUAACCAGUAUCUCACCGUCCCACUGCUUACACCAUGAUGAUUCAGUGGUGGAACUCCAGGCUCUAGCCUUCAAUCAGCAACAUCAGAGCUACAGGUUGUUCUACCGAUGUGUAAUGGGCAAAAAAGCAAAUCAAAAGUGGUGUGGAAAUGUUCCUUGGAGUGCACCAAAUGAGGAAAAACUGAACCCUCUGUCUGACAGACAGCUGCAGCCGACCUGUCAGCCACCCAUCCGAAACCCCUUCAAGGCCCCUGAAAAAAUGGUUAAGAACUCUGAAUGGAAAAGGAUGAAUGUUGGUGGAGGCAGUGAGAAAAUCGGCCAGACAUGUCCCAAGGCUGACGUCAAAGAAAGCUGUCAGGAAGGAACUACAGAGAGAAACGGUCCACAAGCGUGUGAAGAGGACACAGGGAACAUGAACCGGUCAGACAUGUACAGAGAUAAACAACGUCCAGCAUGGAUGAAGAUAAAGAAAAAGGUUUCUGAUGACGAGCGAAACAGCCAUAAAAUUGAGGAAAUUUUGGUGGAUAAGAUGCAAUAUAAGGAGAAUUGUAAGAAAGAAGAAGCAAAGAAAGAAAGCUUAACUCAUGGAUUAGAGUCUGAGAAAAUAAAUAAAACCUCACAGGGUCCACACAGUGAUUCAGUCCAGCAGCCAACUGGUUCUGAAACUUGUAUGGAGAGACACAUUAAACCUAAUGGGAAAGAGAGCGACUCUGUAGACAUCCAGGCUUCCAGAGUCCAUGAAGAGGUCAAGAUCUCAGUGUCUAAUAAACCCUCAGAGUCUUCUAAAACUACAGGGCAGCAAUGCAAGUCUGAGAUCCAAAACUCCAAAUCUGUAACACAGAGCUGCUCUCAAAGACAAAAAGGGAUCACUUUGACUUCCACUGGUGAUCAUGAUGAAGAUGAUGAUGAUGUGCAUGUAGUGUCGGUGAAGGCUGCUCCUCAGAAAACUCCUCCUGCUUCUGCUGUCCAAAAGACACUGACUGCCUUCCCCGGGUUCCAGCCAGCAUCCAAGUUCAAAGGCCAGCAGGCCAACUCCGAAGGCCUGCGCAGCUUGCUCACUUCUCAGCUCAAACAGAAGAAGGCAACUCUGUCUGUGGUGAAUGUGUCGGCACUGCCAGAUAAAGGGGAGAGGUUGAAGUCUCAAGUGAAAGAGCUGGAGGAUGCGCUGGAGUCUUUGAGCCUCACUGGGUCUUCUCAGCCUGAGACCCAGGACACACGUAGCAGUGAUGAUGCCAGUCCAGGUAGCAGCAAGGUCAACCCCUUCAGCAGACCAGGUGGUACCAUCCUGCUUUCAAAUCCCCCAGCUGUGGGGCCCUUCAAUCAUCAGGCUUCAGGCAGUUCACUGGGCUUGCAGAUGAGUCAGAGCUGCACACAGAAGUAUGGAGAAAAUCCACAGAUUCAGGCCUUCUACGGUGGCCGAAUGACUGAGAACCGUCUGCUGGCAGUGAAAAACGCGACCUCUGAGGCCAUUGACCACCUCCAUGGAUCCCUGGAAUCCUGCCCCAGCCCUGACGAUGAGGCCCAUGACCCCAAAGGUCUCAAGGUGACACUCUUGGCUCAUCAGAAGAGUGCUUUGGCUUGGCUGCUCUGGCGAGAAACACAGAAACCAUGUGGAGGAAUACUAGCGGAUGAUAUGGGCCUGGGGAAGACUUUAACAAUGAUUUCUCUUAUUGUGGCCAAGAAGAUCAAGGGAAAAGAGGAAGAUAAGAAGAAAGAAGAGAAUUUAGUAAAGUGGAUCUCCAAAAAUGACUCUGGACUUGUGGUUUCCAACGGCACCCUGAUCAUCUGUCCUGCCUCCCUGAUUCACCACUGGAAGAUGGAAAUUGAUCGACACGUCAAGAGAGGCAGGUUGACAGUGUAUCUAUACCACGGCCCCACACGAGAGAAAAGUGCCACAGUGCUGGCAGGUUAUGAUGUUGUGGUGACCACAUAUAAUUUAGUCUCCAAGGAGGUUCCAGUCAACAAAGAUGAGGCUGAGAAACCCAGUGAAGAUACUGAUGAUGUGCCAUUAAAGUCUGCUCCUCUUCUGCGAGUGGCCUGGGCCCGAGUGAUUCUAGAUGAAGCUCACAACAUCAAGAACCCAAAGGUGCAAACCUCUAUGGCUGUCUGCCGUCUGAGGGCUUGUGCCCGCUGGGCCAUGACUGGCACACCCAUUCAGAACAACCUGCUGGACAUGUACUCACUGCUCAAGUUUCUGCGUUGUUCUCCAUUUGAUGAAUACAAGCUUUGGAAAUCUCAGGUUGACAACGGCUCUCAGAGAGGGAGUGAGAGACUCAACAUCCUCACAAGGACUCUGCUGCUUCGACGAACCAAAGACCAAGUGGACUCCACGGGAAAACCACUGGUGUCUCUUCCUGAUCGGUCCUGUGAGAUUCACCGACUCAAACUGUCUGACGAAGAGCAGUCUGUCUAUGAUGUAGUUUUUGCCCAGUCCAGGUCCACACUGCAGGACUACCUUAAGAGACAUGAAGGAAAUGACGUGACCAGGAAAAACACUUCCAGUUCAAAUCCAUUUGAAAGAGUUGCACAAGAGUUUGGUAUGUCCCAGUCAGACGCUGCGGUGUCGUCUUCCCAGCAGCCCCCUCAGGCAUCCAGCACUGUUCACAUUUUGUCUCUGCUGCUGCGUCUCCGACAGUGUUGCUGUCACCUUUCCCUCCUUAAGAAGACUCUUGACUCAUCAGAGCUUCAGGGUGAUGGGAUCAUCUUGUCUCUUGAGGAGCAGCUCAAUGCUUUAUCGCUCUCCUCCAGCCCCUCACCAUCCUGUCCUGACCCCAAAGAUAGUGUAUCCCUUAAUGGCAGCCGAUUCCCCUCACAGCUGUUUGAGGAGACCAGUCAGAGCACCAAGAUUUCUGCCAUUGUCUCAGAGCUUAAGUCUAUCAGGCAGAAGAAUGACAAUCACAAAAGUGUGAUUGUGUCCCAGUGGACAAGCAUGCUCCAUAUUGUAGGAGUUCAUCUGCAGAGGUUGGACCUGACAUACAGCGUUAUCGAUGGAACUGUAAACCCCAAACGCCGGAUGGACUUGGUAGAGGAAUUCAACACAAACCCUAAAGGACCACAGGUGAUGCUGCUCUCUCUUUGUGCUGGAGGAGUUGGACUCAAUCUUGUUGGUGGGAAUCAUCUUUUCCUCAUGGACAUGCACUGGAACCCAGCUUUGGAGGAUCAAGCCUGUGACAGAAUCUAUAGAGUUGGACAGUGUAAAGAUGUCACCAUCCAUAGGUUUGUGUGUGAAGGUACUGUGGAGGACAAGAUCUCAACACUGCAGAUGAAAAAGAAGGAACUGGCCCAAAAUGUGUUGUCAGGAACAGGAAGCACCAUGACAAAACUCUCUCUGGCUGACCUCAGAUUAAUUUUUGGUGUCUGAACCCAAAAGUGGGCGAGAGUCUGUGACACUCCUCCACAGGGACGUGCACUCAGCUUUUGUUCAGAAACACACUUCAUUCAGACUUUAGGCCUGUCAGAGUCUGAAAUCAGCCACCUGCCAUUUAGCCUGAAUGCCUUCACAUUUUGUCUUGUACUGUUGUCAAACCGUGUAAUGAAGUUUUAUGUUUAUUUUAGUUUCUCCACUUUCAAUUCCAUGUACCAUCUCAAAGGUCCUGUAGAUACUCUGGCCAGUGGAACGUUGAUGGAGAUUUUGUUUGUUUGUGUAUGUUUCUUUUUGAAAGACAGGAAAAUGUUUCUAUCAAAGUAGAAAUCUUUGAAUAUUUAAAUUUUGUGCCUUUCUCUCUUUCUGUGUUUAAUAUUUGGAAAGUACACACCAGCUGUCUUCCGGUUAUAGAGGAGCACUGAACAGGUUUUUCUUCAAUCUGUGAACCCAGAUAGAUCCUUUCUUGCAGCUGAUGGUGAGUUUUCUAGAACCCACUACUACUGCUGAUCACUGUUUAUAUUUUCAUGUACUCUGUGUGAUGGAAUAAUUUUAUGAUCUUUUUAUGUACAUUGAGUGCGUUGUCACACUCGCUCAUCUGGGAUCGGGUCACGGCUGACUGAGUUGUAUUAUUCAUUUUUUCAUCCUGAAAUAACGUCUGAUUUUACUAAAAGAUCUCAGAGUUCAAACUGAUGUCACCGACUGUCCCAUGUGUUUGUGCUUCCACAUUGACAUUACAUGGACUGUUGACUGAUGUAUCGCCUCAAUAAAUGGUGACCAUUAAAGUG